AUGACCAGGAAAGACUUGACCUGUGUCCAUGAACCAUUUGGCGACGCUUUUUAUUAUGGUCCGGAGAGGAUGAGCGUUCGCUAUGAAAACGACGAAGAUGCGAGAAACGCAUCGGGGUAUAGGGACUCGACCUACAAAACAAUAUUUGAUCGACUAGAACACGAAGGAGCCAAGGGCAAACGCGUCUUCAUCAAGGACAUCCUUCAUUAUCUAGUUCCUCCCGACCAGCAGCCACCAAAAUUGGCUCCUUCGUUGCAGCCAGUCAAGCGCGGUAUCGGAACCGAGAAGCCGAGCCAUGGGGUGAAUGGGGUCAACGGUACCAAUGGCGUGAACGGGGCCUAUCAUGUCAACGGUGCCAAUGGGGUCAACGGUGUCAACAGCGUCAAUGGUGACAAUGGCACCAAUGGCGUGAACGGAACCUAUCAUGUCAAUGGUAACGGCGUCAAUGGCACCAAUGGCAUUCACAAGAAAGCACCGUUUCCAUUUCCGACAGAAGGCGAGCCAGGUAAUCCUACAGUUGUCCCAAAAGCCUUGCUCGACAAGUUCCAUUUCACAUUCCUCAUCCGGGACCCUCAUUCCAGCAUCCCGUCUUAUUAUCGCUGCACCAUCCCGCCACUGGAUGACAUUACGGGAUUCCACGAGUUCUAUCCCAAUGAGGCAGGGUAUGAUGAGCUUCGACGCUUUUUUGAUUAUGCCCGAGAGGCUGGGUUGAUAAGAGACAGAAAAGAUGGAGUCAAGAACGGGGUAGAGAAUGGCCAUGUUGCGAAUGGCACUGCCAAAGUGCCUGAAGUGUGUGUGGUUGACGCGGACGAUUUGUUGGAUGAUCCGGAGGGUAUUCUCCAAGCUUACUGUCAGAGCGUGGGGCUUGAUUUCCACCCUGACAUGCUGAAUUGGGACAAUGAAGAGGAUCAGAAGCGUGCAAAGGCUGCAUUCGAGAAAUGGAAGGGGUUCCAUGAGGAUGCGAUCGACUCGACAGACCUCAAGCCGAGAACUCACAAGAAAGCACCAAAAACCGAAGAACAGUGGGAUGCCGAAUGGAAGGAGAAAUAUGGAGAGAAGGCCGCCAGAGUGAUCCGGAAGACUGUCGACGACAAUAUGGCCGAUUACUUGUACCUGAAACAGUUUGCCUUGAAGCCAUGA